AUGCAAAGACAGUUACUGGGCGGCUCGCUGUCGAAGCUCCACCAACCCCACGGCAGACCCAAGGACCAGACUCUUACCGUCGAUGACUCCCCCAACCACAUUAAGGAUCUUUUAGCCUUUUCCACCGCCACCUCCUCCUCAUCCUCUUCAAUCUCUGCAGCCUACGAAGACGACGAGGACCACAAAGCAUCGAAGCCUCACCGUUUGUCAUCACCGCCGUCCAUUGCACCGCAUAAAUUCAUCCACAUCAUCCCGAUCCUCAUCCUCCUCUGCUUCCUCAUCCUCUUCCUCUUCUCCCACAUCCCCUCCCAAUCAGAUUUGGCUCAGUUUAAUGGCUUCACUAAACUGCCUGGAUCGGCAAAGCACGUAGGUACGCAAUGCAAAUGA